AAAAUGGCUGCCUCUACCAACUGUCAAAUCCACAAAUAAAUGACGUAUGUCGUGACGUGUAUAACACGUUUACAUGAAAGGAUUAAAUGAAGCUGUUAAGUUCCACGUAGAUCAUAUUCCGGACAUUUUUGGCGCUUUUGAAAAAUCGUUAUAUACUCAAGUGCAAAAUAAUUUUAGAUAUUUUAAAUACGUGGAAUUAAAAAAACACCUAAUUUAACAAAAAUUCCACCUUAAAAAAAAAAAAAUGUUUGUAAACAAUAAUGACAUAACAAAUUUAAUCGCACGCAUUCAAUACAAAAGUGCUGUGGGAUUUUCUGUAGCGCUUGGAAUUUCAUUAUAUGGUGUUUAUUUAUAUUUAAAACGAAAAAAUAAUAUCAUUGUUAAUUUAUUAAAUAAUGCCCAGAUUGUAGUUGUCAAUAAAGAGACAUCAAAUUUAGAUCAAUUAGCUGAAAUUUUACUCAGCCAUAUUAGAGAACAACCAAUUUUAGGUUUCGAUUGUGAAUGGAUCACGGAAGGUAAAAAACGAAGACCAAUUGCCCUUCUUCAAUUAGCUACAUACAAGCAAUUUUGCGUAAUAUUAAGACUGACACAAUUACCAGAUAUUCCAAAAACAUUUAAACAAAUUUUAGCCAAUGAGAAUGUCUUAAAAGUUGGAGUUUGUCCGACACAAGAUGCUAAUUAUUUAUAUCAUGAUUAUGGUAUAGAAACAAAUGGAUGUUUAGAUUUACGGCAUUUAACGAAUGAAAGUCUGGGUUUAGCUAAUUUAUCUAAAAAAUAUUUGAAUUUUGUAAUGAAUAAACAUUGGAGAAUACGAUGUAGUAAUUGGGAAGCUGAUAUUUUAAAUGAAGCUCAAAUCACUUAUGCUGCACAUGAUGCAAUUAUAGCUGUGGAGCUUUUCAAGAAAAUGAGACAAUUGUCUAAACACGACAAUAUUUCAUAUUUUAUUGAUGCUCCAUACUACUCUAAGAAAGCUAUUGACAAAAAUAAAGUCUCGUGUAAAAACGUUACAAAAAAAUCGUACGAGUCAAAGAUAUCACGAUUGCCUUUACGUAAAAGUCCAUUAUACUCAAACUGCGUAAUGUUAGCUCCUGACAAUGAAGUUCUAUGUACUUGUGAUAAAAAGAAAGCGGAAUGGUAUAUUCAUAAAAAUUUAGCACAUUUAGUAAAAGAAAAUCCAUUCACAAUCAAAUUAAAUUUCGAGCCCGAAGGGCGAGCAGUGGGUGAAUCUGGAGAAUAUUAUAAAGUUGCAAAAUUGAAUCGUUGUGUUGUUUGUGGCUGUCCCGAUUCAUAUAUUCGAAAAAAUGUAGUACCUCGUGAAUAUAGAAAACUGUUUCCAAUAAUCAUGAAAGAACAUUCGUCUCACGAUGUUUUGUUGUUAUGUGUGAAAUGUCAUCAGAAAAGUAAUUUAAGCGAUAUUGUUUUAAGAAAUAAACUUGCGAAACUAUGUGAUGCACCAAUAGGUGCAGGUAAUGUUAAAAUGUAUGAUUCACCUGCAGCUCGUGAAUUAAAAUCAGCUGCAAAAGCAUUAUUAAGAGCAUCCGAUAAAUUACCACAAGCGAGAAGAGAAGAAUUAGAAAAAAUUAUAUUUAAGUAUUUUCCUGGAAAAGUUGAAAUUACAAAAUCUAUGCUGGAGACUGCUGAAUGUGUGGCCACAUCUAUCAAAAACGAUAAAUACGAGCCUCAUGGUAAAAAAGUUGUAGAUUAUUUUAUAUCACACUGUAAUCCGAAUUAUCAAAAUGAAUUAGGUACAGGUGGUUUAACAGAAUUGGAACAAUUGUGGCGUCAACAUUUCUUAGAAGUAAUGACACCAAAAUAUUUACCAGAACAUUGGUCUGUGACACAUAAUAAGAAUCGUUUAGAGAUCCGAGCAGGAGAAGGCAGAAUCAAUUUAGAGGAUUUGAAAAUUGCUGGUUGUGAUGAAAAUUUAUUGAUAUCUAAAACAUAACUAUACACAAAUUAAUAUAUUGU